UUGACUAGUAGAAAAAAAAACUUCGAUUUUCACUGAAAAACACACUGAAACGGAGAUGGGAUCAGGGAGAAACGAUUCGGGCGGGUCAGGCAACCCAGGUCCAAGUGGGGAAUCGGAGCCCUCCGCCACGGUCGAGCCGCGGCGAUUCCCUCUUGCAGCUCAACCAGAAAUAAUGAGAGCGGCGGAGAAAGACGACCAAUACGCUUCCUUCGUCUACGACGCCUGCCGCGACGCCUUCCGGCACCUUUUCGGUACCAGAGUUGCGGUAGCUUAUCAGAACGAGACCAAACUCCUAGGUCAAAUGCUUUACUAUGUUUUAACAACAGGCUCUGGGCAGCAAACAUUAGGAGAAGAAUGCUGUGACAUCACUCAGGUCGCUGGACCUCAUGGCCUUUCCCCAACACCUUGCUGUUGCAUACAGAUGCUGCCUAUAGCUCGUGAAUUAUUGCAAUGGGUUCUACGUGCUAACCUCAUGUUCUUCUACUUUGAAGGUCUCUAUUAUCAUAUAUCCAAACGUGCGUCUGGCAUUCGCUACGUAUUCAUAGGGAAGCCAUCAAAUCAAAGACCCAGGUACCAAAUCCUGGGGAUUUUCCUCUUAAUUCAGCUAUGCAUUGUUGCUGCCGAAGGUCUGCGACGCAGCAACUUAUCUUCAAUUACAAGCUCAAUUCAUCAGACCUCAUUGGGGACCCAUCAAAACCCAUCAGGACAAGGUUUGCCUGUUUUAAACGAAGAAGGCAACUUGAUACCAAUGGAGGCUGACCGGGUUACAUGGUCAACAUCUGUUGUUUGCAAAUGCACCUUAUGCCUAAGCAAUCGACAAUACCCGACAGCUACACCGUGCGGUCAUGUAUUCUGCUGGAACUGCAUCAUGGAAUGGUGCAACGAAAAGCCCGAAUGCCCAUUAUGCCGUACACCCAUAACUCAUUCAACUUUAGUUUGUUUAUAUCAUUCAGAUUUCUAGCUUUCGAUUACGAGUGCUGCUGAAGUGAACACCCAGGAAGAGAGCCAUAUUCAUAACAACUCACGUAUCCUGCAUUUUGCUGGUGAAAAUGUAUACAAAAAAGGGAUUAGUGUGUGCGAUUGGGAUGAUAUCU